AUGCCUUCAAGCGAUUACCAGCCUCCUCGAAACCCAACCGUCGAAGAAUGUAGCGACGAACAGGGCGACAAACCUCAAUCGCAAAAUUUGAAUGCGCAACGCAGACUAUCGUCCUGGCCGGAGAUCUGCUCGCAACACGAAUCCGUCCUCUCGUCGCACCUGGAUAUGCUCAACGGUGUCAAGAACCAAGUCGCAGGCAACGGUGACGCCUUCCGCCUGAUUUCCUCGAUGGUCGAGAAGACGAAUAAACUGGUGACGCAAUUCCAAGUCAUCAAGAAGCAAUUGAUGAAUCGACCAGCGUCUUUCGGGGGUGUGCCUGAUCAGGGAGCGAGAACAGAAAUGCCCGGCAACAGCGACUCAUCGCGACGUAAUAACUCGACCGAAGGAAAGAAACGGCUGAGGAUGGAUGAGGACGCCGUGCAGGCAGACAUUGACGUUCGCCCGGGUGAAGAACAAGGAGACGUGGAACCUACUCGAUCUCAAAAGCGGAAACGACGGGAAAUGGUCAUCGCAGGCAGCGAGAUCGAUGUGCGGGACGUCAUGCCCGUGUCGAUGGAGACGGAAGAUAUCUCGGAGGAGGUACAGCGGCGCUUGAAGAUCAAGGAGGAGCGGCGCAAGAAGAGGGAUGCAAGGGCCGAGAAGGGCGACGCAAAGCCAGAGAAGCGAAAACGGGAUAGUCUCGCGUCGAACGGUAGCGCUUCCUCGGCCGGUGGUGCAUCCAGACCGAGGAGGAAGAAGACAAAGACCGACGCGGUGGAUGUAGGCAGCGCUACGAAUUCCUCGUCGCAGGCAGACGGUAGCAAACCUGCAGAGAGAAAGCGUGGUUCGGAAGUUUUCGUUGACAACCAGUCGACGUCAGGAACAAAGAGACAAAGGAAGGCUUCUUGA